GUUGACGUACAUCACGCAGAUUAACAGGGAGCAGCACUCGAAUCUCUCAUCACUGCAUUCUCAUUAUCAUCAUCAUCAUAAUUAUCAUCGCCACCUAAAGCUCUCAUGAUUAGAUUAUACAUUUAUUUAUUAUUAUCGCAAGCUUUAUUCUUUCAAUUAAAAAAUGCUUAUCUCAUUAUUAAUAUCUUUAUCUAAAUUAAAUAUAUAUAUAUUUAUUAAUAAUAUUUUAUCUAUCGUUGAUUUAUAAUUUUCCUGAUAAAAAAAAAGUUGUUAUAUUUUAUAUUUUUGAUAAAAUUGCGGGAAAAAAAAUUAACACAGCAGCAACAACCAAUUAAAAAUAACGUGCGCAUCAUUGUAUGCGUACUUUGAAUUAUAAUCAGAGGUUAUGUGUUACAAUUAUAUGGAGAAAAAAUUAUAAAAUAAAUCACACAAAGAUUGCUGAGUUAUCUGACGACGCAACAUCGUGCAAUCAGUUUACUGUCGAUGACUUGGAUAUUGAAAUUUUACCACUGAUAUAUGAAAUAAUUCGAAGUGUGGAAAAAGAUCCUUACGACACAACACAAAAAGCUAAAGAAUCUCAAGACACGAGUCAAAAAAUAUUAGAACUUCAAAAAAAAUUUGAUUCUAUAAAACGACUUCCUGGUAUAGAAUACAGUAAAGAAGAGCAAUUAAAAAAAUUAGAAACUUUAAGGAAACAACUACGACUGAAACGCGAACUUUUGUUCAAGUAUCGUAACAUGUGCUCAUUCGAAAUUCCUAAAAACUAACUCCAUUAUCACUACAUUUUUUAUUUUUAUUAUUUUACCUGAGCAUUAAUUAUUAUUAUUAUUAAUAUUAAAUAUGUUGCGUUUUUUAAUGCGAUAUUUGAUGAAUAAUGAAAAAUUAGUACAAAAAUUAGCAGAUUCUAAAC